AUGCGCCGUACGUUCGUGCUCUUCCUUGUGAAUGCCGCGUUUGUCCAAGCAGAACAUGCGGAGGCGAAAUCUUCCCAGUGGCUGAGGAGAGAGAAUGCCUUUGCUGAAUCCAGCCGUGCAGAGACAAAUGCAAUGGUUUCAUCUUCUGCAGCCACUGAAUUGAGGUCACAGCUUGCAAAGAUGCAAGUUACACAUUUCAAAAGCUUGUCAGAGCUGCAAGCAGCCGCUGGUGAGAAGUUGAGAACCUUGCAGAUCCCGGUGGUAGAUGCCACCAAUGAGAUUGAAAAUGUGGAGACAGUAUGGACCCAACAAGGUGAAGAAGGUCCUGCAGGGGAUGUUGGUUUAGUGGGUCUCCGAGGCCCACCAGGACCGGCUGGACCGCCUGGUGAUGACACCGUAGCUGAAAGCAUUGAAGACCUCGAAUUGGAAGAUGCCGUCGGACCUCCUGGUCCACCUGGGAAGCCAGGCCCUGAGGGUGAUAUGGGCAAGCCGGGCCCGCAGGGUGAUGUUGGGCCGCCAGGGCCACCAGGCAAAACAGGGGAAUUCUCGGAGGAGCAACGCUUGGAGUUUGCGAAGGUGGUAAGACAGCUCAACAAAGCUGUGAAACAUGCUGCCGAAAUGGAUGCAAACUUGACCAUGUCAGAGCGGAUUCUGAUGGAGCAAAGCAAGCAGGUGGAAUGGAAGGUCAAGAAUUUCUUGAAGACUGAUGUGAAGGUAAACAAGACAGUUGCAGCAGCGAAGAAAGUGAAGGACACAGAGCAAGAGAUUCUGGAAGAAGAGGAGAAAGUCAAAGAUGAGAUUCUGGAAGCCACUGAAACAGAAGCAACUCAAGCGGAGAAGAGUGCAACCAAAGUGGUUUCUUGA